AUGGUGGAUGCCUGGGUUUACGUAUCGGUCUCAUUUUUUGUGAUCCGGGCUUUCACAAAGGCCGGAAUAGUCAGUGACCUUCUAAGUAAGAGCAACGACACAGAUUCGGAUAAUGGCCAGAGUGAUCCGCACAUGGUGGAUGCCAUAAUGACCCAACUGUUCAACUGGCAAACCGAAGAUGAAGAAUUUGAGGGAUUUACGGCCGAGGAAUAA